AUGAGCGGUAUCUACGAUCGCUCAUAUAUGGUUUGGUCGCCGCUAUAUACAAGAGCAGUCGUUAUCAAGGUGUUUGGAUUGGAUGAUAUUGCUGUUUGCGUCGCAUUGGUCAUCACGCAAGCUUUCAACGGUCUAGCAAUUGCUGUGGCCUACCACGGAGAAGGUUACCACUUUGAAAAUGUGUCUCCAGAAGAUCGGGCAAUCUGGAUGAAGCUCUAUUACGUGGCGAUGUGCCUGUAUCUCUACGUUUCACUGGCAGUGAAGGUGAGCCUACUGUUGUUCUUGCGACGGAUCUUCAUUAAACCCUGGAUGAAUUACCUCACUACGGGCAUGAUUGUCUUCCAAGUCCUGUUCUCGUUAUCCGGCUCUUUUGUUUUGGCUUUCCAAUGUACCCCUGCAAGGGCCGCCUUUGACUUGACCAUUACGAACGCCAAAUGCUACACUCAGUACAAGCUUUUCCAAAUUACCCUAUACCAAGCGGUCCUUAUCUUCGUAUGCGAUGUGAUCAUUCUGGUUGCGCCACUGAUCAUUUUGUGCGGACUUAACAUGCCCACGCGAAAGAUCAUUGCUCUGAUGGCGAUCUUUGGAUCAGGUAUAAUCGCCUGUAUCUCCCCCGUCGUCCGCUUCAGCACCUUAGAUUACCUGCGCAGAGGCACAACGGAUCUGACUUAUGACUCGGCCUCAUCUCUCUACUGGAUGGCUAUUGAAUUCAAUCUUGGCCUCGUCGCCGGCUCUCUCUCCUCUCUAAAACCUUUGCCAUUCUUUCGCCGAUUCGGAUCGAGCACAGACUCACGAUACAAGGUCACAACCGGCGGCGAUACGCCACACGAGCUCCGCAACGUGAGUGGCAAAGACAACCGAAGUAAGAAAAAGACCAUCGGUUCGGGAAUGGGGACCACGAUACUACAGGAUAGUAUUAACGAGAGCCAAGAGCGCAUCAUCCACGUGUGUCAAGAGCGCAUCGUCCACGUGACAAAAGCAGACCAAGAGCAAGGCGUGCCAGAGAACAGGUGGUGA